UAUGCACCUUGCAAGACGAUUGUUUUCUUGUUUCAAAAAAGUUGUUUGCAUUCUACCGAUCGUGACAAAAUAGAAUAAUACCUAAAUUCUCAAUUGUCACUUUUCAGUUUUUCAUGCAUCAUGCAUAAAGUAUUGUAGUAGAACAAGUAUAUCUUAUAUAGAAUAUAUAUAGGAUAAUUAAAUGGUUACAAAUCGAAACUUUGUACCUGCCACUUGUGGGCAAAAAAUAAUUUGAAAUAAACUAUAAUAAUAUAAUAUGGAUAACUUAAAUUUUGACUCUAGCUGUAAAUAUGAAGUACUUGCAGAAAUAUCUUUUCAUGCUGAUACUACAAAAAAUCAGUUUGUCAAAUUAUUAUGCAGUCGUCUUUUGGCCCGAUGUUAUCUUAAUAAAUUAGAUACUAAAUGCAUUGAGCCGUUAGUAUCUAAUGAAGAAGAUGAAUGUUCAAUUGUUCAAAAGCAGUUUACAAAUUUGAGUACCAAUGAAUCACAACAACAUGCUGAAUGGUAUGCUUAUUGGGAAAAAAACGGUGAACAUUUUGUAAAUGAAGCUUGGAUAAAACUGUAUGGAAGUUGUAUCCCGGAUGAUCUUCCAACAGAUAUCGAAAGUUUUUAUCAAAAUCAUAAGGAACAACAUUAUCACAUGUUAUAUUGGAAGUAUAUAAAUGAAGUAUGUCCUACUGUUCCGGGAACUACCUCUGAGAAUUCUGAUAAUGAUGAGUGUAGCUUAAAUAAUAGCAAAGAACUUGUUACUGAUGAUUGUGUUUCAAAUUUUGAUUUCCUUUACAAGUAUAAACAUUUUCAACAAGCAAACAAUAAACUUUCCAAAGCUUAUAGAGCUAUAAGUAUAAUGGGAUAUAUUUAUAAUGAUCAAAAUAUGUUUGAUACGGGAUUUGUUCAAUAUCUUAAAAAAAACAUUAUUAAGUCAACUCGUCAUCUAAAUGUGUACAGGUUUCCAAAGAUAUGUGCAACAUCAACAUUUGAUGAUAACUUGUUAUCAAGUAAUUCUAAGGAUUGUGCAAAGAGUAAAGUCAAAAGUAAAAAAGCAUUAAAAAAAGAAGAAUGGAAAGAUAUAAAAGAAAAAUGUACUAACGAAGAAAUGGAUAGAUUGGGCUAUAGCUAUUUGAAAAAUAAACCUACAUUAAUGAAGUAUUGGAAAAAAAGAUAUAUGUUGUUUUCUAAAUUUGAAAAAGGGAUAAAAUUAGAUGAAGAGAGUUGGUAUUCUGUCACUCCUGAAAUAAUUAGUGUUCAUAUAGCUGAUCGAUGUAGUUGUCAUUUAAUUGUUGAUCCCUUUUGUGGAGCUGGCAGUAACAUUAUUCAAUUUGCUAAGACUUGUGAACUUGUUAUAGCUAUUGAUAUUGAUCCAAAAAAGAUUGAAAUAGCCCGUCACAAUGCAGAAUUAUAUGGUGUUGCAGAUCGAAUUCAAUUCAUCAUUGGUGAUUACUUUACUCUAGCGCCAACUCUUAAAGCUGAUGUUGUGUUUUUGUCCCCACCUUGGGGUGGACCUGAUCUCAUGAACCUUGAAGAGUACAAACUAAGUUACAUUAUGCCCGAGAAAGGUGGCAUAAAACAUAUGAUGAGUUUGACUCGACAAAUCACAUCAAAUAUUGCAUUACAUUUACCAAAGAAUACUAACAUUUUCGAUUGUAUUCAAUCUGCAGAAGAUGAUUUUAUUGAGGUACAACAGAAUAUGCUUAACUCAAGGUACAACUCUUUAACAGUUUACUAUAGUGAACUGUAUGGACUCUGCGAUGAAGAUACUAUCACCUAUAAUGAUAAUUAGAUUAUAGAAUAUAUAGCAAUUUUGAUUAAUUGUGAAUAUUUUAUGUGAUAUUUAAUAUUCUAUAAUUUACUAUAUAUUUAAUGUUUGCUACAAUUUUUAUAAAUAAACAAUUAUGUUAAUAAUAUAUGAUAAUUAAUAUUAUAAUUAUUUAAUUAUAAAUAAGUAAAUGUAUGAGUUUUUUUUUCUAAACAUUUUAGAAGAUAUAAUAUUUUACAUUCCCUUUGUAUACUAUAGGUGUCAGUAGCGCAACCAAGAUUUUUUCAAGGUGGGUGUCCGCCAGUAGGGUAUACAAAGUUCCCCAAUAUAUUUCCAAAUUUGUUAGUAUACUAUGGACAAAAGUUACGGUUCAAAGGGGUGUCCAGACACCCAAAAUACCCCUCUUGGUUGCGUCACUGAUAGGUGUGCACACUUUUCACAGAAUAUGCCAGUUAAUUUAAAAUAGCUCAAUUUUUAACUCCCUUUAAAAAAGCAUAAAUCAAAAAUAUUUUUUUAAUUAAUUUUCACACAGUUACUGUAUAUAACAUUUUAUUUUAUUUGUAUUCUUAAACUCAUCAAGGCUAUUAAUAAAAUAAAAUUGACCUGUUGUCUUAGAA